AUGGCACAUCAAGCUCCGUAUCUCCUAGGCCGUUUCCUCGAUCCCAUUUAUGCCCUCAUGGUGGGCACUUUGAGCUAUUACCUGUACGAAAGAAAGGUAGGAAGACCCGAGGGCCAUCGCCUGAACGAACUGAUCAUGAAGAAAUACCACAGGCGGUUUUCUCGGGAGAACUGA